AUACCCCGAGAAGCCAUGGAGUUUAGUUUAGUGUUAUUACAGCUGCUUUGUCCAGCACAUAUCCGUGUGUGUGGAGAGCUCAGAGUCAGUCAUUGGAUCAUGUACGAGUUGGAGAAGGAGUCGUUGCGGCUCUACAGUCACUACAUCGUCCAUUUUUUACGACCCUCUUACAUCCGGGGAUUUCUGACAACAUACCUGGAGGAAGAGUAUGUUGAGAAGAUCAUAUCAAAGGAAAGGUUGUCACAGACAGAGGCAGCUCAGAUGCUGCUGGACAAGAUGUUGGACCUGAAGGAGGUCGGCUGGUUCCAGGGCUUCCUGGAUACGCUGCGGGCUUCAGAGUACACAGGUCUCUACACGGCGAUCAGUACGUGGGAUUUUCGUGAUCUUGAAACUCUGGAUCCUCACAGGAAACUGCUGGAUCAAGUUGAAAUGUCUAUCACCAAAAAUAUGAAACCCAGAGAGCUGCUGCCAUAUAUGAGCGACUGUCUCACACAGCGAGAGUGUGAGGAGAUCAGAGCAGUGGAUGAGCAGAAGGGGUGUAUUGCAGCGAGUGAGCGCUUGGUGGAGAGUCUGAGACACUGUGAUAAAUCAAACUGGUUUAAAGUGUUUAAACUGGCACUGGAGAACUGCAGCCAGAAUCUCGCUCUACAGCUGCUUGACCCCGAUGAGAAUGGGAAUUGUGUUCAGGUCUGUGAGGAGAAUGAUGUAGUCAUGGCAACGGUAUGUUUCAAGUACAGAGAGGACGGUGAGAGUGACAACCUGAUGAGCAACAGUGAGACAAGUGUGCCUGAGCAGUGUGUUGAGGGGACAGAGGGGGGUGUGGCCAGUGUGUGUGAGAGACAUACAGAGAAGAAGUUGAGAAAGUAUCAGAAAGAGCUUGCUACAGCCGCAUACAACGGCCUCAACACCAUCAUCUGUGCUCCAACAGGUUGUGGCAAAACUAUCGUUGCCGUGGACAUCUGUGAACAUCACCUGAAGAAAUAUCCCCAGAAGGCCAAAGUGGUUUUCAUGGCAACCAAAGUGGAGGUUUAUGAACAACAGUACAAACUGUUCAAGGAGCACUUCAGCAAGGACCCAGACAUCAGGGUGAAAGGUGUGUGUGGGGACAUGUCAGACGUGUCUCUGCCCACCCUUGUGUCCAACAAUGACGUGUUGCUGAUGACUCCUCAGAUUCUGGUGAACGCUCUGCAGCGUGGUGACGUGGAGUCUCUAAACACCUUCACACUGCUGCUGCUGGACGAGUGUCACAACACCACCGGCAAACACCCAUACAACAACAUCAUGAGCCUCUACAUCGACACCAAACACACCACACACACACAUUCACUGCCUCAGGUGGUGGGCUUCACUGCGUCUGUUGGUAUAGGGAGUUUUAAGAAUGUGCCCGAGGCUGAGAACAAUAUCUGCCAGCUGUGUGCUAACUUGGAUGCCCGGGUCAUCACCACGGUUACCGAGAAUAUUGAUGAGCUGAGGUCAUUUGUGCACACACCUGAGAAAGACUUUUUUGAGGUUCGUCCGCGCACCUCAGAAGACCCCUUCAUCUCCAUCAUCAAAAGCAUCAUGAAUAACAUCGAACAGCUGGCUCUAAGUGUCUACAAAAUUGACACUGUGUCCCAGGUACAGAAGGGUGAUUAUGGCAGUCAGAUGUAUGAGCAGUGGAUUGUGGAUGUACAGAAACGCUGCAGACUGCUACAGUUCACUGACCCUGAGGAGGAGCGCAGAGUCUGCAGAGCACUGUACACCUACACUGAACAUCUCAGAAAAUAUAACGACGCUCUGAUCAUUAACGAGGACGCUCGCACUAAAGACGCACUGGACUUCAUGGACUCGUUCAUCACAGACAUCAGUAACGCCUCUUCAGACCCCACCGAGCACCAUCUCAUUGACUUAUACCACGCUCAGCGUGAGCGGCUGCUCCAGGUAGCCGCUGAAGAAAAACAAAACCCCAAAUUGGAGGAACUCCAGUUCAUCCUGGAUGAAGAAUACGGCAACAACGUGCAGACUCGCACCGUGCUGUUCGUCAGGACCCGUGCCCUCGCUGAUGCUCUGAAAAAGUGGAUAGAGGAGACAGAGUCACUGAAGUUUCUGAAGCCUGGAGUUCUGAUUGGAAGAGGAAGAAAAUCACAACUGACAGGCUCAGGCAUGACUCUGACAGGACAGAAAGGUGUGCUUGACUCCUUUAAGAGCUCUAAUGAGAGUAAGAUUCUCAUUGCCACCUCCGUCGCUGACGAGGGCAUCGAUAUCCCACAAUGCAACCUGGUGCUCAUGUAUGAGUACGUUGGCAACGUCGUCACGAUGGUGCAGGUUCGAGGUCGGGGCAGAGCUCAGGGCAGCAGGUGUUUUCUGAUCUCCAGCAGGCAGGAGCGCAUUGAUAAAGAGAAAUUGAACAUGGAGAGAGAGAAGCUGGUGCAGGCGGCUGUUAAAGACCUGCAGACCUCACCUGACCGCCUGUGUGCCAAGGUGGACCGGUUCCAGAAGGAGGAUGUGGCCCGGAGAGCCUACGUGAACAUGAGUGUAGAGAAAACUCUGACUGAGGGAAGUUACGAACUCAAGUGUGGAAAGUGCAAGAAGUUUGUCUGUUUUAGUGAUGACCUGCGUGUGCUACAGGCAUCUCACCACAUCGUGCUGGAUUGCUCCAUAUUCCAGCGCUGUCUCACCAAACCUCACAAUAAAAUCAAGACCUUCGACAACUUCACCAAAAAGGAAAAGAUGUUUUGUUCUGAAUGUAAUAAUGACUGGGGCAUCGUCGCCUCCUACAUGAACAUUCAGAAUUUGCCGGUGUUGAAGAUUGAAAGUUUCACCGUUGAGGACAGAGUCACAAAGAAACUGCAGCUUUUCAAGAAGUGGCGCGACGUCACGUUCCGUAUACGAGAGUUUGACAUGACAGAGACGACGAGGGAGCUGAGAACCUAGAGACAAUAACGAGAUUAUAAACGUCUAAAACUGCCAGUCUCUCGCUCUCUUUCUCGCUCUCUCUCGCUCUCUCUCUCGCUCACUCUCUCUCUCUCUCUCUCUCUCACACACACACAUACACACACACACACACACAUUUUAAUAUCACAGGGUCAUGUUUUACUAAGGGAAGUACUAUUUACUGGAGUUGUAGUGAAGUUUUACACUACUUGGCGUGGUGUAGUUAAUUUUACUAGGCAAAUUAACAUGGGUGUUUGGGAUAUGUUUAUGUAUUGUGAGGUUUUGUUAUGAUGUUCUUUGUGAUUCUUGUUUUGAAAUCACACACAACCCGAAUAAUCUGAUUGGCUGAAGCCCUUUCCUAAAAAAAGUAAAACUUUGCAAUUUCUUCCAAAAAAUUUCAGAA